AGGCAAAGUUUAGAAAGGGAAAGAAAUCAUAUUGAUUCCCUUCAAAUUCAGGUGAACUCGGGGUCAAGGUUGCUGAAGCAGAAAGAGGCUAAACUGCUGGAGAUGGAAGACUUAGCUAAAGAGGUAAAUCAACAAUGCUUUAGAAAGUGCAUUUAGCAAAAAGAUGCAUUUAGCCAUGUUUACAUUGACAUAAGCUCACCAUGACCAUAUUUGAGAUGAGAGUUAUGAAAUAAACAAAAUCCUGCUGAUGAAUGAAUGACUAAUAUAACAGAAAGCUGGAACUCAUUUUCUCCAAGGAGUUUGGUAAUUUUUUCAUUUAUAGAAAUGAAUUGAAAUUCAAAAUGAGUUCUCUGUCAUCUAAUUCAGAAAAUGACAGUGUCAAAAACAAUAAGCUUUGCACGUAAACAAUUUUAAUUAAAAAAAAGAAAACCUAGUCAAGCAUGAAAAUUCUAGACUCAUUUUAAAGAGGUAGCACUAAAGAAACUAGUCUGACAACUCAUCUUAAAGAGAUAACACUAAAGAAACUAGUCUGACAAAUUUUUUUUCUUAUUCAGCAUGAGAAUGAAGAGGAAUCAGAGUUUUCUCCCUUUGCUGGACCAUGGCAAAGAGUCAAGAUCCCUAACCUUGACCUUAGUGAUGAUGACAGCAGUGGUAUUAGCAGC